GGAAUGUGGCGAUUGUGAGGAAGGGGAUUGUGAUGGCAGUCAGAACCUGGUGAAGCCAAAUGUUAUUGUCUCAAAGAUGUCCUCUGGCCCAGGUUGGCAGCACUGUGGUUACCUGGAUGGACAGGGAGGACAGGGAGGUGAUGGAAGCCCGAGGGGCAGGAGAAAGCUGCCCCACCCUCUCCAAGGUGGCACCUGCUGACAGCAUGCCUGAGGGGAAGCUGAAGGCUUCUUUGGAUGCAGAACCCCCCAAACUAGAACUGCCUACCCUGGAAGAGAAUGGAAUCUCUGAGGACAGAGAUUGCCCAGGGCCCCCUAAGUCACUGUCUCCGAAGUCUGGCCCUACCACCAAGGGUCAGGCUGGCGAUGGACCUAGUCUGGAACCCACCGAGCUGCCCCUGCCCCUGGAGACAGAACACCACAACGCGAUGGAGCUGGAGAAGGUGCGCAUGGAGUUUGAACUGACGCGCCUCAAGUACCUGCACCAGGAGAACGAGCGGCAGCGGCAGCACGAGGAGGUGAUGGAGCAGCUACAGCAGCAGCAGCAGGCUUUGCCUCGCCAGUUCUCAGGAGGCCUCCAGGACCUCUUGCUCCCCCAGAACCAAUUCGCCAUGUUCCUCUACUGCUUCAUCUUCAUUCACAUCAUCUACGUUGCCAAGGAGAUGGUCUUCUUUCUCUUCUCCAAGCACUACCUGUUCUGCCUCGCGGCCAUCUUGCUGUGUUUGAUUAAAACCUUGUGGUCCUA